AAAAGUUACAAUUCAUUCACCCGUUUCUCUCCCUGCAACUUAAAGCGAACGGCAUGUGAAAAGGACACUAAAAAUAUUUGACUAUGGCAGUAAAUUUAGAAGACCCUACACACAGUAGAAAUUUGAGAGAUUUUUUGUUGUUGUACAAUGUGUUAACAGAACAGUGUUUUAACAGUUGUGUCAAACGAUUUCACAGUAAAAACUUAUCCAGAGGAGAGAAUGAUUGUGCUAACCUGUGUACAGACAGAUAUGUGUCAUUCAAUCAGAAGUUAAUGAUGACAUUUGUAGAAAAUCAGAAUAAAAAGAACAAGGAUUUAGAGGAGGCCAUGAAAUCAUCAAUGGCACCCACUUUAAUGCCACAAUCCAGUGGACCACCUUCCAGUGAACCAACAUGACUUUCAUUGAAGUGUAAUUAAAAAACAUUUGAAUAAAUAAAAAAAAAAAGUUGAAUAAAUUUUAUGUCUAAAAA